GGCUCGGAACGGCUCGGCUCGGGACCGCCCGGCUCGCCUCGGAACCGCCCGGCUCGGUUCUGCUCGGGACAACCCAGCUUGGCUUAGAACGGCUCGGCUCGCCUCGGCACCGCCCAUCUUGUUUUGGCUCAGGACAACCCGGCUCGGCUCGGCUCGGCUCGGCUCGGCUUGGGACCGCCUGGCUCACCUCGGGACCGCCCGGCUCAAUUCGACUCGGGACUACCCAGCUCGGCUCAGAACGGCUCGGUUCGGCUCAGGACUGCCCAGCUCGGCUCGGGAGCUCUCGGCACGGCACAGCUCGUUACGGUACGAUGGUGACCUGGCCGCCGGGCACGCCGGAGCCGCUCGGCGCUGAGCGCCGGCGAUAACCCCGGGCUGGCCGGAGGUGGUCUGGAUCAUGGGACUGUCACCAGGCACGUGCCUCUUCCUGGCGCUCGCCAUGGCCCCACUGCCCGCCGGCGCCUGGCAGUGCCCCCGCAUCCCCUACAGCUCCACCAGGAACUUCUCCGUCACCUACCCACUGCCGGGCCUUGACGCCGGCAGCCCCGUGCAGAACGUCGCCGUCUUCGCCGACUCCGCCGGCGCGGCCGCCGUCUUUGUAGCCAUCCGGAACAGGAUCCUGGUGGCGAGCGCCGAGCUGCGGAUCCACUCCGUCCUCGUCACCGGCCCCGUGGGCAGCGCCCGCUGCGAGAUCUGCAGCCUGUGCCCGGCCGUGGGUGACGCCGCUGGCCCACUGGACACCGACAACGUCAUCCUGCUCCUGGACCCGCUCGAGCCAUGGCUCUACAGCUGCGGCACGUCGCGGCGCGGGCUGUGCUACCAGCAUGAGCUGGUGGUGCGUGACGGGGAGGUGGCCAUUGGGGCCACGCGGUGCCUGUACUCCGCGGCGGGCAACGGCCCCGCCGCCUGCCCGGACUGCGUGGCCAGUCCCCUGGGGACCAGUGCCACCGUGGUGGCCGACCACUACGCCUCUUUCUUCUACCUGGCCUCCACCGUCAACAGCAGCAUCGCGGCGCGCUACAGCCCCCGGUCGGUGUCCAUCCGCCGGCUGAAGGGCACCUUGGACGGCUUUUGGGAGAGCUACCACUGGCUGACGGUGUUGCCGCCGUACCGGGACAGCUACGCCAUCCACUACGUGCACUCCUUCAGCGACGGGGACUACGUGUACUUCCUGACGGUGCAGCGGGAGAGCCCCGGCUCCGCGAGCUACCACACGCGGCUGGCCCGCCUGAGCACCCAGGAGCACGACCUGCGCCGCUACCGCGAGCUCGUCCUCGACUGCCGCUACGAGUCGAAGCGGCGGCGGCGGCGUGGUGCCGCCGGGCCGGCGGCCGAGCGCGACGUGGCCUACAACGUGCUGCAGGCGGCUCACGCCGCCCGGCCCGGCUCCCGGCUGGCCCGCGACCUCAGCAUCAACGCCACGGAGCUGGUGCUCUUCGGGGCCUUCGCGGAGAGCCGGCCGGAGAGCCGGGCGCCGCGGGAGGACUCGGCGGUGUGCGCCUUCCCCCUCCGCCUCCUCAACCGGGCCAUCGAGGACGGCAUGGACAAGUGCUGCGGGAUCAGCGGGCGGCCGCUGCUGCGGGGGCUCAGCUUUUACCAGCCCGUCGAGUACUGCCCGCACAACGUGAACCUCUCGGCGCCCGUGGUGAACACCAGCUGCUGGGACCAGCCCACCCUCGUCCCCGCGACGUCCCACAAGGUGGACCUCUUCAAUGGGCACCUGGCAGGCGUCCUUCUCACCUCCAUCUUUGUCACGGCCCUCGGGGAUGUCACUGUGGCCCACCUGGGCACGGCAAACGGGCGCAUCUUCCAGAUGGUGCUCCAGCGGUCCAGCUCCUACGUGGUCACCUUGGCCAACUUCUCCCUAGGCGAGCCGUGGCCGGUGCAGCGCGCCGUGGGGCUGCAGGGGCACUCGCUGCUCUUCGCCAGUGGCAGCAAGGUGUGGCGCGUGAACGUCACCGGCCCAGGCUGCCGCCACUUCUCCACGUGCCAGCGCUGCCUGCAGGCCGAGCGGUUCAUGGGCUGCGGCUGGUGCGGGGAUGCGUGCGCACGCCGUGAGGAGUGCGAGGGCCGCUGGAUCCAGGACAGCUGCCCGCCGGUCCUCACUGACUUCCACCCCAGGAGUGCCCCGCUGGGCGGCCGGACCCGGCUCACGCUCUGUGGCAUGACUUUCCGCUCCCGCCUGGACCCGGACGCUCCCAUGGGCCCCACCGGCACCUACCGGGUGACGGUGGGGCAGCGGGUGUGCACCAGGCUGCCGGACGAGAGCGGGAGCUACAGGUUGCUGCCCACGUCGCGCCGCAAGGACUUUGUGGAUGUGCUGGUGUGCACGCUGGAGCCGGGCAGCGCGCAGGCGGCGGGGCCGGCCCGCGUGGUGCUCAGCGUCGAGGAGCCCGCGCGGUCCGCGCCCUUCCGCGUCGGCGGCUCCUCCGCCCUCGGCGGCUUCGUCUUCGUGGUACCCAACGUGAGCUCCGUGCACCCCCCGUUCGGCCCCCUCAGCGGCGGCACCGAGAUUGCUGUUGGCGGCAGCAACCUCGCAGCGGGGAGCAGUUGGCGGGUGACGCUCAACGGCUCCGAGUGCCCCUUGGCCGGGCAGCCCAGCCAGGGAGACGGGGAGAUUCGGUGCAUCGCUCCCGCUGCCGGCGGCCUCGGCAUGGCCUCCGUGGCCCUGUGGAUAGACGGGGAGCAGUUCCCGGCCCCGGAGCCCUUCCAGUACCGUCCUGACCCCCAUGUCUUUGGCAUCACCCCCAACUGCAGCUACGAGGGCUCCACGGUCACCCUCAUCGGGACCCACCUGGACUCCGUGUAUCAAGCCAAGAUCCGCUUUGAAGCCGGCGGUGUAAAGACCGAAACCCAGGCGUGCCAGGGCCCGCGAGCGCCCAACCAGCUGGUGUGCCAGAGCCCAGCCUUCCCCUUCGAGAACAAGGUGGAUACAGCCCCUGGGAACCUGAGUGUGCUGCUGGACGGCGCCACUGGCCGCUGGCUCUUCCGCCUCCGCUACUACCCCCGGCCUGAGAUCUUCCCUUUUGAGCACGAGGACAGGCGGUACCACCUCAAACCUGGUGAUGAUGAGAUUGAGAUCCAUCAAUUUGGGCUGGACGCCCUGGCCACCUGCAUGAACAUCACCAUGAUGGUGGGGGGUCAGGACUGCCACCCUAACGUGCUGAAAAAUGAGGUGACCUGCCGGCUGCCCAGGGAGAUGCGCCUGCCUCCGGAUGGGGCUCCUGUGCAGAUCUGCGUCAACGAUGCCUGCAAGGACCUGGGCUUGGUGCUUGCUACCUCCUCGCUGGACCUGGUGGCCAGCGUUGCCCUGGGCACUGGCAUUGCUUUCUUGGCUUUUGGUGUCUUGGUGUUCGGGCUGCUGAAAUGGAAAUGGAGGAAGAAGAGGGGGACGGAGAACCUGGAGCUGCUGGUGAAUCCGGGCAGGACAGAUCCUCCCACCACUAUCCAGCGCCCUGGUGUUGACUACAGGGAGGCGCUGGUGGUGCCCGCAGCCGCCAGUCCCAGCCGAGCUGGCCCCCGUGCGCGGUUUGCCAGCGCCGGCGCCACAGGUAGCGGUUCCCCCGUGCCCCUGCUCAGGGCCACGUCCUGCUGCCUCGAGGACCUGCAGCCAGAGCUGCUGGAGGAGGUGAAGGACAUCCUCAUCCCUGAGGAACGGCUCGUCACUCAUCGGCACCAGGUCAUCGGCAAAGGGCACUUUGGCAGUGUGUACCACGGCACGUACACGGACCCGCUGCUUGGGGCGGUUCACUGCGCUGUCAAGUCCCUGAAUCGCAUCACGGACGUAGAUGAGGUAGAGGAGUUCCUGCGCGAGGGCAUCCUCAUGAAGAGCUUCCAUCACCCUCAAGUUCUGUCACUCAUUGGGGUCUGCCUGCCCCGCCAUGGGCUGCCCCUCGUCGUGCUGCCCUACAUGCGCCAUGGUGACCUGCGGCACUUCAUCCGCGCCGAGGAACGGAGUCCCACGGUGAAGGACCUCAUCGGCUUCGGGCUGCAGGUUGCUCUGGGCAUGGAGUACCUGGCCCAGAAGAAGUUCGUGCACAGGGACCUGGCUGCCAGGAAUUGCAUGCUGGAUGAGACGUUCACGGUGAAGGUGGCCGACUUUGGGCUGGCGCGGGAUGUGUUCGACAAGGAGUACUACAGCAUCCGUCGGCACCGCCACGCCAAGCUGCCUGUCAAGUGGAUGGCCCUGGAAAGCCUGCAAACUCAGAAGUUCACAACCAAGUCGGAUGUGUGGUCCUUCGGGGUGCUCAUGUGGGAGCUGCUGACGCGGGGGGCAUCACCAUACCCUGAGGUGGACCCUUACGACAUCACCCGCUACCUGCUGCGAGGGAGACGUCUACCACAGCCCGAGUACUGCCCUGACUCGCUGUAUGCGGUGAUGCUGAGCUGCUGGGCCCCCGGUCCUGAGGAGAGACCGACCUUCUCCAUCCUGGUGGGUGAGCUGGAGCGCAUCCUGGCCUCCCUCGAGGGUGAGCGCUACGUCAACCUGGCUGUUACCUACGUUAACCUCGAGCAUGGCCCUCCCUUCCCACCAAUGGCUUGUGCCCAGAGCCAGCUGGCUGCCAGUGGGGAUGAGGAUGAUGACGAAGAGGAGGAGGAGGAGGAAGAAGAUGACAUGGCUGUGUGCUAAGGGGAGUGCUCCGUGCUGUGGGGGCUCCUGCCAUUGUGUGAUGGACACCAGCACACAGCUAGUGUUGUGGGGCACACUCCUGAUGGGAUGGAGGCUGGGACACAGCUGGGUGCUGUGGGGCACUCUUCCAGUGGGAUGGACACCGGUACACAGGUGGUGUUGUGGACAACACUCCUGAUGGGAUGGAGGCUGGGACACAGCUGGGUGCUGUGGGGCACUCUCCCAAAAGAAUGGAUCCUGGGACACAGCUGGGUGCUGUGAGGUGCUCUCCUGAUGGGAUGGAGGCUGGGACACAGCUGGGUGCUGUGGGGCACUCUCCCAGUGGGAUGGACACUGGUACACAGGUGAUGUUGUGGACAACAAUCCUGAUGGGAUGGAUGCUGGGACACAGCUGGGUGCUGUGGGGCACUCUCCCAAAAGAAUGGAUCCUGGGACACAGCUGGGUGCUGUGGGGUGCUCUCCUGAUGCGAUGGAUGCUGGGACACAGCUCAGUGCUGUGGGGCACUCUCCCAAAAGAAUGGAUCCUGGGACACAGCUGGGUGCUGUGAGGUGCUCUCCUGAUGGGAUGGAGGCUGGGACACAGCUGGGUGCUGUGGGGCACUCUCCCAGUGGGAUGGACACCGGUACACAGGUGGUGUUGUGGACAACACUCCUGAUGGGAUGGAGGCUGGGACACAGCUGGGUGCUGUGGGGCAUCGAUCUGAUGGGACGGAGGCCAGGACACAGCUGGGUGCUGUGGGGCGCUCUCCCCAGGGCUCACACUAGCACCCUGCUGGACGCUGUGGCACCCCUGGGCUUAGUCCCACGCCGGCCAGGUGCUGUGGGGCUCAGCCCCACGUUGCCUGGGUGCCAUGGGGCUCACGGGCUUGGCCCUAUGCUGGCACGCCAGCUGGGCUGUGGCACAGCAGCGCCUGCUGCAAGCUCUGAGGGUGCGUCUGCGGGUGCCGGGAAAACCGUGGGGCUCGGCAGUGUGUGACCCGUCCAGGUGGACCCAUCCUGUGCAGCUCAAUAAGAUGUCUGCGGGUUUGCAGGACAGCUGUACAUAUUCAGCAUUUACUCUCGGAAUCGCUCA